AUGAGAGACAUGACUAACAGUAACAUUCAUACAGGAUCAGAAUCAACCAGCAAUGUGGAUCCAGAUAGUCCUCUAAAACCAGCUCCUUAUGAUAAAGCUUUAGAAACUGAGACUGAUUACAGUGAUGAUUGGAAGGAGAUCUGUGAACCUCAGGCAGGUGUAAACUCUCCGGAAGAUGAUGAUGAAAGUGAUAUUCAAAGUAAUACCGACAAGGAAUCAUAUAGCUGCUCUGAAUGUGGAAGAACAUUUUGCCGCAGGGAUCAUCUGAUGAGCCACAUGAGAACCCAUACAGGGGAGAAACCAUUUAGUUGCUCCGUUUGUCAGAAGCGUUUCAGUUGCAGCGGAAACAUUUUGGCACACAUGAGAAUUCACACCGGAGAGAAACCAUUUGAAUGCUCAUUCUGCGGCAAAAGCUUCAGUCAGAAAGGAACUCUGCAGCUACACGUUAGAAUUCAUACGGGAGAGAAACCGUUCAGUUGCCCAUUUUGUGAUAAAAGAUUUGCCCAUAAAAGACGUAUGACACUGCACAUGUCUGUCCACACAGAGGAGAAGCGAUUCAGCUGCAGUAUUUGUGACAGAAGAUUCACGUGGUACACGCAGCUCAAAACACACAAGUGUGUUACUGCCAAGGAAUCAUUUAGCUGCACUGAGUGCAGUAAAACAUUUAGCCUCAAGGGCAAUCUGAAGACGCACAUGAGGAUUCACACAGGAGAGAAACCGUUCAGUUGCUCAGUUUGUGGUAAGAGUUUUAAACAAAACGUUCAUCUCACCGAACACAUGACGAUCCACACCGGGGAGAAACUGUACAAAUGCAGCAUUUGUGGCAAAGGAUUCAACAAGAAGUUACUUGUCAAAAAUCACUCAUGCGCUUAAUCUUUAGACAGUUUGUUCUCUUUAAAGAACAAUCCUAAAUUUACAGAUAUGCUUUUACAAAGACAGUGAAUGAAAAGUGUCAUUUUGAAGUUCAAUAAGACUGUCUCACAAACUAUCUGUACGGUCCCAUCAUCUUCUAACCAAGUUCC